CUGACCAGCCGAGGUGUUCAGUUGAAGGUGUCGCAGACGCCGCGCCGGCUGCGCACACGCAUGGUGACCUGACAGAGAUGGCCGGUUCAGGUAAAAGCGCGCUUUUCCUUCUGCUUUUCCGCCAUUGGUGCGCGCGCGCGUGCGUGCAUGGAGCCGAGUGUGUGUGCGAUGACAGAUCUGAAAAAGGAUUGUGCUGUGGCAGCCUGGAGGAGCCCAAGGCGCUGAUGAAGAUGGGGCUGAGCGCCAUCAUGGUGGGCCAUGUCAACUUCCUGCUGGGGGCCCUGGUGCACGGCGUGGUCCUCAGGCACAUCAACCAGCACCGACAGGCCCGAGCCAUGCUGUACUCCAUCUCCAACGUGGUGGCCCUCACCUCAGGGAUGGUGGGCGUCAUCGUGGGCAUUCUGGCCAUCGUCCUGUCAAAGAACAAGAAGAGCAGAUCCCUGACCUGGUCUCUCUUCUCAUUUGGCCUGGUGUCUGCAAUCAUGUCGGUGGCAUCCGCCGUCGGCCUCUUCAUAUCCAUGGUGAGGGCCAUCAUCAACAAUGGGCGGAGCCUCCUCACGCAUUGCCGCUUUCCUGACGCCAUCGGCUACUCCAGCGUCACCAACGAGUGUCCUUUCGACCCCACGCGGAUUUACAGUACCACGCUGAUCCUUUGGGUUCCCCUGAUCAUCAUGUGCAUCGUUCAGCUGGUGUUUUCUGCCCGAUGUUCGGCGGCCUGCGCCUCCUUCCUGGGCCUGCCAUGCUGCCCCAGGAGGAAGAAAUCCCCCCCCCAUAUCAGACCGAGCAAUGUGGGGAAGCCUUUGCAGGAAGUCCAUCAUUCCAAUCACACUGAUCAUUUAGGAAGCCACAGUGAACUGGCACAGCCUUUUACCGAACCCAGACAUCACAAGAAACCUGCUCGGGCCAAUACAGAACCUUCAAGAACCCACGCGGAACCAAAGAAGCCUUAUGCAGAUCAACCAAGAACCUCCCAUAAACCAGUAAAGGCUUAUACAGGCCGCCUGGAAACCCCCAUCAAACCAGUAAAGUCUUAUACGGAUCGUCCACAGACCCCUCCAAAACCUGUGAAGCCUUAUACGGAUCGUCCACAGACCCCUCCAAAACCUGUGAAGCCUUAUACGGAUCGUCCACAGACCCCCAACAAACCAGUAAAGUCUUAUAUGGAUCGUCCAGAGACCCCUAUCAAACCCACAAAGUCUUACCGGGACCAUCCAGGCGCUCACGAUGGACCUCAAAGACACGCCUCCGCUCCUCCUCGGCAGUACCGACCUCCUCCACAGCCCCUCCCACAUCAGCAUCAUAGCCUCCCUCAGUCAGAGAGGCCCCAGCAGCAUCGAGAGAGGCCAGAGAGAAGGACCGGAAGCCAUCCCAGGAAACCGGAAGAGGACCGGCUCCUGCAGAGGGCCGCUCCAGAACGCUCCAGCUUCUGGAUUUAGCUUGAUUUGACCCGCCGAAUGUCCUGGACCUUGUCGGUUUGUAAAGAUGUUUGCGUCUCCAGGCUGGAGAUGUUUAGUGGACUUCAUGUGAGGACAAAGUUGGUGUUCAAUGCUGCUUUAAUAUUUUUGCUCAAAAGUUUUUUCUGUGUUUUAGCUUAAAAGAUUUUAGCCAAAGUCUUUGAGGUGAGAAUGAGUUCUGGUUCAACGUCGCUAAAGUAAAGUGAAGAAACCCAAAUCUCUGUUUUGUUGCCAUACAGACACUUUUCCAGAAAGAAGUGCCUGUAGAUCCAGAUCUCCAAGAAGUGUCUAAAUCCAAAAGAAAAACCUGAAGUCAGCUCAGUUUAGUUGAUUUCAGUCAUCUGUUUUUGGUUGAGCUUUUGGUAUUGCAUAAAAGGGAGAGCUAGCUGCACAUGCUAACUGUAGCUGUUAUGCUAGGCUAAGCUUCUUAGCAUAUAAGCUAGCUGAAUGUGUAGGUUCAGCUACAUGUCGAAAGGACAACAUUUGUUUGUGUUCCCUGAGCCGUUUACUAAGUAUGAGCUGGCCUCGUCUUAGUUUUGUAAAUCAAAAUCAGUGUCUUUUAUUCCUCUAGUUCUCUCAUAGACUUUAGUGUUUGUCUUUUUUUAUUUUAAAAACGUGAACAAAUGCUUAAAAGGUCAAACAAGCCGACUUCACCAGGUCUUUCUGGCUGUUGAUCGACACAGAGCUGUGAUUUGUCCUGUUAACCCCGUCCGACGUCGAGGCAUUUGUCCCGACAUGAAGCUACAGGCAGUUGUUCAGUGUUUGAGGAUUCCUUCAACCUUUCAUCCAACAGUUUAUUCCGUGGAAUGUUCUUCUCAACGGACAAGAAACAAGGUUUUAUUUAUUUUUUUAAAUAAACGUUGUACUCUCACUGG